AUGGCUCUGCAGAUGAACUUACCGCAGAUGAGUUCGAUCUGGAUCGACGAAGAUCAAGAAGCAGAAAAACUAUACGGGUUACAAGUUCAACGUCUGAUGGACUCAGACGACGAUGAUCAAGUGGACAUGAUGAUGAUCAACAGCGAUAGACCAGUUUUGAACAACAAAGAGCGCAUAGAACUUCCACCUUUGAUGCCAGCGGCCUACAAGCCCAGCUACUCAAAGAAACCUUUGCAAAACAUGUCCAGCUCCAACGCGAGCAGUUCGUCUAAGACCAAGAGAACGACUGACAAGCUCCUCAGAUUUUUCAAAGGCAAAGAGCCGCGCUCUGGGACUUCCGGUGCCAAAAUUUCCGUGCCUUUCAAUUUCCAACACAUUUCCCACGCCGAUCUCAAAAACGUUUUCGAAGGCGAGGAGCUGCCUUGCAAAGCUCCCAUCUCACCUGUCAUUCUAAACAGAGCUUUUGUUACAGAAAGCUCCGUCCCAUUUCCAAAUACCCUAGGCAGAAAAUCUUCAAAUGGUUCGAAAGCCUCAUCUUCGCGCCGCACCACAUCAAUUGCUUCAUCCCAGUACUCCAGCAAAAGUGCAAGAAUUGUAUCCACAUCAACCAUGGCUACGUCUGUUCACGACGAUUCGUACAGAUCGCUCAAAAAGCUAAACCAAUUGGAAAAAGUGCACUUGAAGCAUAGGUACAACAAGUCUGACGCCAGCAGUGUUUCCGCAGAAUUCUUGAAAAACUAUAGUUUUCCUACAGUCCUCGAAGAUGUCUCGCUGGUAGAAGUCAAGACUCCAGAUAUGUCUAGGAAAGGCGACAAGUUUACAUGGGAGUCGCCACAGAACUGCGAAGCUUUGCUAGAAACGAUGCUUCAAAGUAGAUCUCCUAUCCCUUCCAGCACAUGCUCAAGAAGAAAAUCAGACUCACAGCUAUUGUUCUCUCCAGUCGUGGAGCAUCGCGCUUCUUUCUUGGAUACACCCAAAACCAGGAAAUCUGUUGACGAUGUUCUCCUUUGCUACCAUCAACCAAGCGAGGCUAGCUCUGAAGCGCGCCCGUCCAGUGAGUUUUCUUUCAGCCAGGGCUCCAAUAUGGUCAACCGCACCGCUUCUUGGGAUAGAGAAAACGAAACAUUCAUGGAGUAG